AUGUUGGAAACAGAACUCGCCAGUUUAAAAGAAAAGUUGCGGAACGCAGUCAAGAAAGGAAAAAGCUACGAGAGUGACGUCGAGCGCUUGACUCGCGAAUUAGCAACCGCAAAAACGACGCAACAAAAUAUAACAACAGCAAAAGGAAAGAAAGGAAAGAAAGGAAAUGCCGGUGUUGUCCCGCCUCCUUUAACAACCGAAGGUUCUUCCGAAAAAGCAAUGGAGACGAUGAAAAAGGAGAAAGAGGAAUUGCAGCGUAAAUUUGAAAGCGCAUCGAAAGAGUUGGAAGAUUUAGUCAGCAAGAACUCCGUGGCUGCGCUCGAUUCGGAAGGAUUGACGCAAGAGCUUACGAUUGCCCGGGAAGAGAAGAUAAAGAGCGAAUCGCAGGCCGACAUGGAAGCGGCGGUAGCGAGAGGUGCUGCAGCUGCCGCAUCGUCAAACGCGAAGGCUUCCGCUGCAGAGAAGGCGAAAGUUGUAGCCGAGAACCAGCUCGCUGAGCUUCGAGCGCAACUCAAUCUCAUGGAUGCUACCGGAAGAGAAGCUGCCGCUUCGAUUGCGCAUCGAGACCGAGCGCGUCAAGCGCAAGAACGCGCAGAGUCCAGAGCUGCUGAAGCAGAGCAAAGCGCCGAGGAAGCAAAUCAACGCGCUGAAAGUGCGAUCCGAGAAGGUGAGGAGCGAAAACGAAAGUUUGCGCACGUACAAGUUCAGUUCAAGGAUACAGAAGAAAAACUUACGAAAGAGAUUGACUCCUUUAAAGAUGAAAUACUCGCGAUGAAACAGUCGCUCUCUCAAGUCGCGUCGGCGAAAAGUGCUGCUGAGGAUCGCGCCGAAGGAGCACAAAAUCAUGCGGACGAAAUUGAAAAAGAACUCGAAAAAGUGAAGAAAGGAGAACAAGAACUGAUAUCUGCGCUCGCUCAAGCGCAAGCCGAAUGUAUCGAAGCGAGAACGAAAGCGAGUGUUUUGGAGGAAAUGGCGGCUUUGCGAAAGAACAAUUUUGAAGCCGCGACGACGGCUCGUGUGCCCCCUUCUUCUUCAUCGCUCAAUUUGACGACGGUGACGGAACCGCAAAAUUCAGAAACAAACCGACAAGUAGAUGCGAACAAUGAUUCAAAAGCAGAAACUGAAGCGAUUCGAGCGCGCAUAUUCACAAUUCUCGGUAAAUUGAAAGGUCAAGUCGAUAGCAACGGCAAGCCUUUGUUGAGCGUGAAAGAAGCGGACCAAUCUAUCUGGGGAUGGCUAGGAACAAAUACGAACGAAAAUGAAACGAAAACCUCGCCGCCUCCCGAAGGCGAAGGUAGCUCGAGCGUGGAUGACUUAUUGGUUCACUUGGAAAGCUGGGCGAAUGAUCAGGGCGAAUCAUGGUCUGCCGAGCUCAACGCGCAGUCGCGAAAAGCCGCAACUGAUGCCAUGCGUAAACUCAAAGAGAGCGAGAAAGAAUUAGAAGAACUUCGUUUGGAAUCGUCUCGUUUCAAACAACAAGACGCGGAGCGUUCGAGCGCAACGGUGAAUGCCGCUGCGAAGCGAGCAACAGAGGCUGAAGAGAAGUUGAAUGCGCUGAAGAAAAAACUCGAGACGCUUGAACAAAGAAAUAAAGAGUUAACGUGGCAAAUAAGCAUGUACGCUGACAAUGGAAACGCGAUGAAUACAUCGGAUCCAAAGUUUGGAUCGCCUAACAACACGACACCAGCUGUUGGUAUCUUGAAGCAGCUUAUGCUUCAGUGCACUGCGCCACGGAGGGAACAACAACAGCAACAGCAUUAG